GUCAUUAUCUCUCUUCCGCUUACAACUCCGCUCUACUCGAUGUACGUCACAGCAAAUCCCAUCAUUCAUUGAUAUAUACUCUUAGUUUCCUAACAAAACUAUGACAGGGAAGGAUAUCAUCCAAAAGGUUAAGGAAAAGGUAUGUAUAACUCAAGCAGCAUCUGAUAGUGAUACAGGAAAAGGGAAAAGUAAGAUGUCAAAGCAAAUUAAACAUGGAUAUCAUUUGGUGGAGGGAAAAUCAGGCCACGCCAUGGAAGAUUAUGUUUUUGCUGAAUUCAGACAAGUGGAUGAGAAUGAGCUUGGUCUGUUUGCUAUAUUUGAUGGCCAUGUGAGCCGCGAGAUCCCUAAUUAUCUCAAAUCUCAUCUUUUUAACAACAUAUUGAAAGAGCUGCAGCCUGACUUCUGGACUGCUACUGAUGCUGCUAUCAGGAGAGCCUAUCGCAUAACUGAUAGCACGAUACUGGAGAAAGCCAAGGAUCUCGGAAAAGGGGGUUCUACAGCUGUGACAGCUAUAUUGAUCAAUUGCCGGAAGCUUGUGGUUGCCAAUGUUGGAGAUUCUCGUGCUGUGAUCUGCAAGAAUGGCGUGGCGAAGCAGUUGUCGAUUGAUCAUGAGCCUGAAAGGGAAAGGGACACUAUUGAGAACAAGGGUGGUUUUGUAUCAAAGUUUCCAGGUGAUGUACCGCGUGUUGAUGGACAACUAGCAGUAGCGAGAGCGUUUGGCGAUAAAACUAUCAAGGAUCAUCUUAGCUCCGAACCAGACGUCAUAGUAGAGACGAUAGAUGAUGAAACUGAAUUUAUGAUAUUGGCCAGUGAUGGUGUUUGGAAGGUUAUGUCGAAUGAAGAAGCAGUGAAGUGCAUCAGGCAGAUCAAAGAUGCCAAAUCCGCAGCCAAACGACUUAAUGAAGAAGCACUUGCUAGAAAAAGCACAGAUGAUAUCUCUUGCAUUGUUGUAAGGUUUGGCUAGCUAGUUUUUUUUGGAUAGUUUUGCUUAGUUUGUAGAUCAAAAACCUUGCAAGACUGCUUUCUACUUUGGCAUAUGUCUACCAGUCGAAUACUUUUGUAUGUAAAUACUGCAUAUUUGAUUCCAUCCAUAAAUCUAUUUUCUUCCCUAUGAGUUCUAGUCUCAAUAAGAAUGCUAUUUCUUACUGUUCAUAUAUUAUGAUAUGAAUAUACCACACCAAUUCGUUAUGUGUGGGUGAUGAGAUUCCAUUGAUGCAGAGCCAAUUCCAAUAGACUUAUUGGAGGGUCCCAUUGGCGUGCAUCCAGUAGGA